UACUUGAACCUAUUUUAUCGCAUACUGAAUCUCUAAUCACCGCAAUUUCACCCACUGGUUGCUUCUCUGACCUGCAGUAUGUCUCAGGCUCUCUUUUCCUGCGUGCUUUUUCCUUCCCAUAUUUUUCCCCCUUCUUUACAUUCUGUACGACCCAACAUUGAUUCUAAAUUAAGUCUAUGCUGACACUGAGGUCAUUUUUGGUUUUUUCUGCGGUUUUAAGUAUCCCUUACACUCACGAUUUGACGAUCAUUUGAUUCCUACUGUUUGGCGUUAUCGGCCUUCCUUCCCCCCCCCCCCGGUUACUCGAUGCCGUCCGAGUUGGUCGUCCUGCCGCCCUCGUCGCCCCUCAUGAUUUCCGCCAUUCCUCCCCCACGUCCAGUUUCUGUAAAUUCCCUGGCGAGAGCUUCGGUCUCGUCAUCUAUUCCAUAUGCCAAAUCAACGCGAAGUACUAGCGCAGAGUUCCAGCUGCCCGAUGGCCCCAUCGCCCCUCCCGCAGUGCCUGGCCAGCUGGCCUGCCAGUCCCCUGUGGAUACCGAUAUGGAAGAUGUGGAGACCAUUGUGGAUGCACCACGUCCCCUCCGGCCCGAGCUGCAGUUUCAAAACCUCCCUGUCGAAAUCCACGAAGCCAUCCUUGACUACCUCUUCGGCGAACGAGCGGCAGCUUUCACAACGACCGGACCGGGAAAAUCACCCGGUCGAAGCUGGAAUAAAUCUCUCCGUCACCCGCGACGGAAGGUUUUGUCGAAUCUAGCGUUAAUCUCGCCAGUGUGGAGGUCGCUAGUGCAAGAUCGGAUCUACAGACAUAUCAAAAUUAAAGGCACGACUGAGGAGUUGACCGAAUCGGCACGUUGGUUUCGGGCGUAUCCCCAUCUAGCCAGCUAUGUCCGCCAUGUCGAGAUAUGGAUCCCGGUAUGGGGUAAGCGAGCCAUCAAGAAUAACUCCUCUCAAAUCCCCGCCCGGCGAUAUGAUGAUGAAGAUGUGGAUGGAUCCGCCGCGCACACGACCAUGGUAUGGGACGAUUCCGACACCAACCAUGGAAACGACUACAAGUACCACUACGCCAGUCAUAAUGCCACGUUAGAGGAGAUCUUUUAUCACGUCCAAUCGUGCUUUCCCGAGGCACGCAUUCUGACCCUCGAAGGAGGCCACUGCAAAAAGCCACCGAUGGUACGCCACUUCAGGAACGAUCCGUGUGGAUUCUCUGGCCAGCGGCUGCCGACGCUGCCGGAAAUUCGCUCGUUUGUAAUGCGCGGAGCUUGGAACAUUAUGCGCGACCACCGACAUUGGCGCAAUUUGUCAGAAGCGUUGCCGGGUUUGCAAGAGUGGCAUUGUGCGUACGCAAAACCGAAGGUUGAAGGGUAUCAUACCAUUGCAGAAAUUCUACGACGACUGUCACCGUCCAUUGUACACCUUAAUAUUAGCCUGGAAGGAUUCUACAGCAAGGACAGCACGCAGACCAGCUGGCUGGGCGACGGAGUCAACCCCCCUCAUCUAUGUCGCUUGCUCGGAGAUGUCAUACCGCACCUGGAGUCCCUCGCAUUUACGGGCAAGGUCUGUGCGUGUCUGUUCCAGCCCACGCGAAAUUCUUUAUCGGCCUGGCCACCCAAAUCUUCGAAAUUGAGAUCGCUAGACCUGGUGGUCAAGAAUUGCUGCCGCGACAAGCGAACCCACUCCGGACUGCCAUUCCUGGAUGACUUUUCGCGGAUCACCAAUCUCCACUUUAUCCGGGCGUUCGAGCGAUUGAUCACCGGUGCGGUACAUAGUCUCAAUAUCCAUCAAGUGUUGAAUUACAUGCGGAUUCGGUUCAUCGAUUUGGACUCGGCCUGCCCCCCUCUCAACCCGUACUUCCAGCUCAUUGACGAUGAAUGCUCGGGUCUCUGGAGCGAGCGGAUUCUCGACAUGCUGCACGAGGCCCGACCGCAGGCGCAUUUCACCGAGCUGUCCGAAGGGAUUUACCCGCAGUAUGGGCCCAAUCAUCAAAUCGUGGGAGCGGUAUACCCACGUACCCGACCUUUAAGCAUCCACGCCGCUACAUACAAAAUCAUUGCGGACGUGUCCAAAUCCUAACCGAUCGCGCAGCCCCUUCGGGGAUAUUUGGACCCAGUAGCCAUCGUUCAGUACCAGUUAGAUACCCAAGUCCUGUGGACUAAAGAGUGAUGAUGGGAAUGAUAGUCCGGCAUACUAUCGAAAUCGCAUCCAUGUAGGAGUA